CCAUCUCUCACCACAUACAAACCAACGCUAUAUUAUAAACUCUUUGAGAGAAAAGAAACAGAGAUCAGAAAGAGAAAGAAAGUCACUUCAGAUCAGAAAGAAAGCGAGAGAGAUGGAUCAGAUCACUUUUCCAGUUAUUGACAUGGCAAAACUCAAUGGUGAAGAGAGAAAGGAAACCAUGGAGUUGAUAAACGAUGCUUGUGAGAACUGGGGCUUCUUUGAGCUGAUGAACCAUGGGAUAUCUCAUGAGCUCAUGGACGCCGUGGAGAGGCUGACAAAGGAGCACUACAGAAAGUGCAUGGAACAAAGGUUCAAGGAAAUGGUGGCAAGCAAGGGACUUGACGUUGUGCAGUCUGAAAUCAAUGAUUUGGACUGGGAAAGCACCUUCUUCUUGCGCCACCGUCCCGUCUCAAACAUGUCCGAAAUCCCCGAUCUCGAUGACGACUACAGGAAGGCGAUGAAGGAAUUUGCUGCCGAGGUGGAGAAACUGGCUGAGCAUCUCUUGGACUUGUUGUGUGAGAAUCUUGGACUAGAGAAAGCGUACAUAAAGAAAGUGUUCUUUGGGUCCAAGGGUCCAAAUUUUGGAACCAAAGUCAGCAACUACCCUCCUUGCCCCAAACCAGACCUGAUCAAGGGCCUCCGGGCCCACACCGAUGCUGGCGGCAUCAUCUUGCUCUUCCAAGAUGACAAGGUCAGCGGCCUUCAGCUCCUCAAGGAUGGCCAGUGGAUUAAUGUCCCCCCAAUGCGCCACUCCAUUGUCAUCAACUUGGGUGACCAACUUGAGGUAAUUACCAAUGGAAAAUAUAAGAGCGUGAUGCACCGAGUGGUGGCGCAAACGGACGGUAACAGGAUGUCCUUAGCAUCAUUUUAUAACCCGGGAAGCGACGCCGUCAUCUACCCUGCUCCGGCAUUGGUGGAGAAAGCAGCCAAGCAAGAAAGCCAAGUAUUGUACCCGAAGUUCGUGUUUGAUGACUACAUGAAGCUCUACGCCGGCUUAAAAUUCCAAGAUAAAGAGCCCAGAUUUGAAGCCAUGAAGGCCGUGGAAUCUCCGGUUAACGCGGAUCCCAUCGCAACCGUUUGAUGAUUAUCAUAACACGUCCUCCUAGUGACAACAAAACAAAUUAAUGGCUUUAGUACCUAUUAUUAUGUGUCUCUGUUUAUAAUGUCUUGUGUCCCAAAACAUGAGUACUUUUUGUGUGUUGUGUUUCUGUAUGUUGGGAACUAUUAGGCAUGUUUUGGAAAUUAUAGCUUUACAUAAGCUAUAUAUAUAUAUAUAUAUAUGUAAGCUUUUUUUUGACGAAUAAACAGUUCCUAUGGUGUGUAUUAACUUCGUGUCUUAAUGGGUACCGUUGAAUGUUGAUGAUGUGUGAUGUGUUUUACUGUUUAGGCAGUAACCAAAGAUGACCCUU